CUGCCAGGAACCAGGAGGGGGAGGGCCUGGGAAGCCGCAGCCCAGAGACAAGGCCGGGGGUCCUGAUCCCCUCACCCCAGCUGCCCACUCUGCCCACGUGUGUAUGCUCCACUCUCGGGGGGAGGUGAAACAGGGCAUCUUCGGCACAGACUUCCCUUGGAAACGGCUGGGUUUGUUUGAGCCAGCUCCGUGGCCUGGUCACGGGACUCCGCGUAUCAGAGCUAAGACCUGGCUUCGGGCCGGGGGAGGGCGAGCGGGCGUUUGCCCGGUCCCGACCUGCGGGCAACCUGCACUUGUACUUUUCCAGCCGGGAGUCGGGGCGAGCCGGGACGGCCAGCCCAUGUGGAGGUGGCUUCCCAGCCCCCGUGGUGGGGGCAGAAGCUCCGGCUUGGCCCGGGGACCAGUGAGUCACCCCCGAGUCUGGGUCUGCCCGGAGCCUGCCCUGGCGCCGCACUCACCGGGACGUCCUCAAAGGCGAGGCCGGUGACGUUGUUGUGGGGGCAGCUCUGCCAGGCGUUGUUCAGGCGGAAGGCCAGGGCGCUGGUGUGCCGGCCCUCCAGGGCGGCGAACUUCCGGAAAGUGCAGUUCUGGACGUUGACCGGGCCGUCAUAGAACUGGAUUCCUCUGAUCGGAAAAUUCCUGCGGGGGAAGGAGAGGCGGGUGAAACACCCCCGGGAGUGUGCCGCCCCGGGACAGUGGGGUCACGGUCCCCGACCCUGGACACCAGACGACCAGUAACACAGCCCAUGCCCACAUGGUGCAUGUGACGGCUGUGCCACCCUUGGGCUCGAUUCAACAUUAUUUUUGGACGUCCGUCCCCAUUCCAGAUCUCACUCCUCCAUUGUCAGUCUCGGUGGCUGGUAGGGGACGAGUAACUCGUCGUUGGCAGGUAGGAGCUGCCCACUAGCUUCUCCCCCUCCAUCGCUGUCGCCCGGGUUAAGCCGCACAGAACAAGGGGCUGCCGUGGCCGCAAACCUACUGGCCUAUCGGGAGGGUCCUUCCGCUGUGGUCCAGGCCGCCCGGGCCCCAGAUCCUGUUGUCCAUCAUUUCUGUCCCCACGUUGCCGCUCUCGCCCACAAACAAGCUGUUCUUUAUCUCCUGCUUGGAGCCGUCAUCAUACGGGAAGGUCCCACCACUGCCGAGAGACCAGGGUUGAGGUGAGGUGCCCAGAGAUGCGCUCCCACCCGGGCCCGGGCACGACGGUCGCUCUUACCUGGCCAGAGUCAGGCCGAUGCCAUUGUCAGCAAACCUGGGGACAAGAGCAGACAGUCAGCACGAGCCCGGCCUCCACAUCCGGUGGGGUUGUGGGGGGACAACCCUUUCUUGCCCCCGGUGUUGAGCUGUGGACGCUGCGGGGACAGCGGGUUUUGCACGGGCGGAGCUUUGCCCAGGGGCUGGUGACCCCCGCAUGGUGCACAGUGAGGGGAUGUUCUGGGUCCCCUCCCACGCAGCCUCUGACCCCAGAGAGAACAUGGUGACCCCGUGGCUCCCAGCGUUUGGUGGCACUUUGCAUGAGCAGCACGCAGACCGUGCCAUGCGCCUCCCGCCCAGACCCCUCCUCUUCGAGUCCAGGGCUAGUGGGGGCUGGGUCAGGACAGGCUGGAGCAGCCCCCACCCUCAGCCAGCGCUGGGCGGGCGGGCUGUGCGGACGCAGCUCCGCUUCCCUUCCCUGUCCCCACUGCCAUUCCAGCUGGGCAAGAGGCCCAGACAGCCGAUGCCCGGUUUCCUGGGAGUCAGGCAGAUGCUGGCCCUGAGGACAGCAGGAGCCACUGGCCGUGGCCCCGGGGCCACCGCGCCAGCUCCCUCUGGCCUCUGCCCGUUGUAAGCGUCAGGGUGGGAGCGCUCGGGGACGGCCUGGCUGUGAGUGACGGGAGCACAGUCUGAGCCACCGCAGGCCCCACGGCCAGACGGGGCGGCCGCCUUCGUUUCCCUCGCCAUGGGGGCAGGUAGAACUAGCCGGUCUCCUGGCUGGCCACGCUCACCUGCACACCCCGCGGCUCCUCUCCCCACCCACCUCUCUGCUUCCGGCACCUUCCGAGGCGCCACGUCACCCCCAGCCCCCACGUUUCCCUCCCGUGAGCUGCACCAGGCUGGUCCCCAUGUCCCGCGUGCUCUCUCGGUCCCAGUGUCCUCGUCUGCCCCCGCUCGCUCUGUCAGGACAUGGCGCUUUCCCUUUCCGGAAGCCCGUCCAGCUCGGGUCACCGUUCCGGGCCCUCACGCAGGGCCUCACGCUCUCCAGGUUUUCCCAGAACCCCUUCGUGGCCUUUCAUGUCACUGCUGUCCCCCAGUGCCCUGACCGCGGGCCCCAUCCUCCUCCGUGUCCCUGGGAACCUCACGGGAAUCACAGCUCCCGCCGCCGGUCCGCAGGUGGCUCUAAGAUCAGUCACUUUCCCACCUGCCCGUCCACAGUCCGGGCAUUUCCACUCCUGCUGCACACGCACCUCACCCUGCCACGUCAGAGACGCCAGGGCCACCUCCCUCCACGCCUGCUCGCUGUUCCCAAGGUGUUCCCGCCGAGCUCCCACGACCCGGAAUUCCCUCCCCUCCGGGCCGCAGCGGCGGGGUCUGAGCUGGCUUUCCCGCCGGCCCGCCUGCGGCCGGGGUCACUGGAGUGACCUUUCUGAAACGGCCUCGCGGGCGAAGGCCAGAGUGCUCCAGGGGCCCCUGCCUGCACCACCCCCGUCCACUCGCGGGGCCGCCUGGUGCCAGCGGGUUCUGGGCCAUCUCAGAGACCUCAACUCUAAAUGUUUAACAAACCAGAACCAAGAAAUUCUCUGGACUCAGAGCAACGGCAGAGAGUUCAGCGCUGACGCCAUCUCUGCCACCCAGGGCUUCCAGCCACCACCUGCACCGUAUCCCCCGAGUGUCCCCAGAUGAGCAGCCGGGCGGCUUAUCGCACCAACGGGCCUCUCCUAUCCUGGGAGCCCUGCCCUCCCGGCAGCCGCAUCUGCCCCCGGCCUGCGACCUCCGUCCUCCAGAGCUAAGCGGGACAGCCUCGUCCCCUCCCUGCCCCUCAGAAAUCCAGAAUCGUCCCUCCUUCCCGCCUGCUCCUCCGGGCGCGAGAGACUGCCUGUUCUGGGCACAGGGGAGAUCCCUCUCCACAGUGAGGGUCCCCGCACCCCCGUCCGCCCUGAGCCAGGCCCCCCAGAUCUCUGCUGUCCUCUCCCCAUCGCUGCCCGGCCUCUGGUCCCCCUCGCACACUUUUCACUCCCCCUUUCCCCUUAAUUUCCCCUUUAAUUAGUCACAAUAAAAUGGA